ACCCCGCGCGACGGCGCCAUGCUCCGCGCAUUGGUGGAGGGCGGCGCGGAGGGGCUGCUGUGGGUGGAGGACACCGCCACGUGUGAAGGCCGCAGCCUCCUCUGGGCUUUUGUCACUGCUGCUGUGAAAAGGGCUGAGCCGGUCGACGUCGUUCUCCUCGAGGUGUCCCAGGAGCAGUUUGGGGUUGGACUGAGCCCGGAGGUGAAGAAGCAGCUCCGUUUCCAUGACGACAGCUCCGACCCCCGGGGGUGGUUGGGGGGCAGUAGGGGUCGGGCAGCGCUUUGGGGCGGGGGCUGCGAUGGGGCCGGGCCCAACUCGAUGGUGGUGGUGGAUUCCUUGAGCGCCGCCUUGAUGCGAGAGCGCCCCCUUGUGGCCGGGAGGAGAUUGAGGGCCGCCUUAGGGGCGGGGCGAGGUGAGGGGGCGUGGCUAAGGGCGGGAGGGGGGCGUGGGGGUUGGGCAUUUUAG